ACCUGCAGAAUAAAACACGAGGAACCAGAAACCUGGAUAAUAAAACAAGAGGAGCCAGAAACCUGCACAAUAAAACAUGAUGAACCAGAAACCUGGAGAAUAAAACACGAGGAGCCAGAAACCUGCACAAUAAAACACGAGAAGCCAGAAACCUGGAUAAUAAAACACGAGGAGCCAGAAACCUCCAGAAUAAAACGCGAGGAAUCAGAAACCUGGAGAAUAAAACACGAGGAACCAGAAACCUCCAGAAUAAAACACGAGGAGCCAGAAACCUGCACAAUAAAACACGAGAAGCCAGAAACCUGGAUAAUAAAACACGAGGAGCCAGAAACCUCCAGAAUAAAACGCGAGGAGCCAGAAACCUGCAAAAUAAAACACGAGGAACCAGAAACCUCCAGAAUAAAACACGAGGAGCCAGAAACCUGCAAAAUAAAACACGAGGAACCAGAAACCUCCAGAAUAAAACACGAGGAACCAGAAACCAGGGGAAUAAAACACGAGAAACAAGGAGGCCUGAUGAAAAUGAAAGAAGAAAGACAAGAUCUGAAAGAUGUGGAGGAGAAAUUUCAGGAUCAUAAAGAUCUUGAUGCCAAUGAAAAAAGAUCUGUGAGUUGCAGCCUUAAAAAAACAGAAUUCAAAAAGCCUUUCAGCUGCUCUCAGUGUGGAAACACUUUCAGAUGUAACACAAAUCUAAGGGAUCACAUGUUAAUUCAUGCUGGAAUAAAGCCUUUCAGCUGCUCUCAGUGUGGAAAGAGUUUUACAACGAAAGCAGGUUUAAAGGAUCACAUGUUAAUUCAUACUGGGAUAAAGCAUUUCAGCUGCUCUCACUGUGGAAAGAGUUUUACAAAGAAAUCAAACCUUAAUAGUCACAUGUUAAUUCAUACUGGGAUAAAGUCUUUCAUCUGCUCUCACUGUGGAAAGGGUUUUACACAGAAAGGAGACCUUAAGAAGCAUUUGGUAAGGCACUCUUCAGAAAAACCUUUCAGCUGCUCUCAGUGUGGAAACAUUUUCACGUAUAAAGCAAACCUUAAGAAGCACAUGUUAGUUCAUGCUGGGAUAAAGUCUUUCAGCUGCUCUCAGUGUGGAAAGAGUUUUAUGCUGAAAUCAAGCCUUGAUAGGCACAUGUUAAUUCAUGCUGAGAUAAAACCUUUCAGCUGCUCUCAGUGUGAAAAGAGUUUUACACUGAAAGAACAACUUACGAGUCAUUUGGUAACUCACACUUCAGUAAAACCUUUCAGCUGCUCUCAGUGUGGAAACACUUUCACGUGUAAAGCAAGCCUUAAGGAUCACAUGUUAAUUCAUGCUGGGAUAAAGCCUUUCAUCUGCUCUAAGUGUGGAAAGAGAUUUACACUGAAAGGACAACUUACGAGUCAUUUGGUAACUCACACUUCAGAAAAACCUUUCAGGUGCUCUCAGUGUGGAAAGAGUUUUAGAUGGAAAUCAUGCCUUAAUGGGCACAUGUUAAUUCAUGCUGGGAAAAAGCGUUUCUCCUGCUCUCAGUGUGGAGAGAGUUUUACAUGGAAAGGACAACUUACGAGUCAUCUGGUAACUCACACUUCAUAAAAGCCUUUCACCCGCUCUGAGUGUGCAAAGUCUUGGGCACGUAAAGGAUACUUUGAGAAUCACAUGUUAAAGGGGCCAUCGAAUGCAAAUUUUCCAAAAGUUUAUAUGAUUCUUUAGGGUCUUGAAGGGGUCAUAUAAUGCCAUUUGAAAUUUUCCUUUCUCAGUGGAGUACUACAAGCUCUUGGUGCAUGAAGAAGGUCUGUUAAGCGGCAAAGAAUUAGGUCGCAAAUUCAAAGAUAUAUUCUUUAUAAAAGUUAAGCGGUCAACCACACCCCCCUAAAAUGGCUUGUUCAACCACGCCCCCACAUCUCUUCGUCUCUGUGUGGGAAGAAUUGCAUAACACCACCCAAAUGUUCACACAAAGAAAGAAGGCAUAACGUUUAUUCUCUCUGUUGCCACAGCUGACAUGUUGUGGAGUCGCUGUGUUUCAUUAAACUGAAACUUAGUUUGGCCUUCAAAAAGAGGACAUGACAAGAAAUCAGUGGUGAAGUUGUAUUUCAGCACUGUUCAAGAACAGUCCAACCCAAAUAUUCUGAUGUGUGCUGCUCAUUUUAUUCAGGAUGAGGACUGAUUCCUGAACCAGUAGCCUGCAAUGUGUCUGUGGCACAACAGCGGUUUCUGUAAAGUUGGGCAGUUCAAACUUAGCAAGGCCAGUCUGGCUCUUCUGACUCACAGCAUGUAGGUAAAUUUUUUAUAUUUAAAUAAUUUUCCACUUAUGAUUCAAACGCGAGUUUUGAGCAGUAGAGUAUUCUUGUUGUUUGUUAUUUCUCAGAUCACAAAUGCAAGACAUGGUUUUAUGUUUACGCAGCGCAAUGCGUAAAAAGACAUAAGUCAUUAUAAUUUGUAAUGUCCCACUGGAUAAAACAAAUGACUGGUUUGUAAUGGGUUUUAUCUGUUUUGUCUCGUCUAGUGAUGUCCAGAUCACAAACAAAUCAUUUAUUUAUUUUCUAUUUGACCCGAUUCUAUUUAAUACGCUCAAUCUGAUGCAAAAAUAAUCAAUAUCCCGAGUAAUUCAGUUACUUCUAACAGUACAUUGACUGAACUGUGAUGAUGGGAUGUGCACCAGCAGAGCAAUCUCAUGAUUCUGGCCUGGGAGACGACAUAGUGUGUUAAGGGGCGUAACAUUUCGGUUACGCGCUUGAGGCAUUCAACCAGUCACGACGCACUGAAUAGCUGGCCAAAACAUAGCAAACGCAUUGCAUUACACCAAAUAAUGUUCUUUUUAGCAGCAUCAUAUGCUAAAAUAUACUUUUCUAAAAUAUAAAAUUUCUCAAUUGUAGUGUAAAACAACACCACUUUUACCCUGUCAAAAACAGCUCUGUUUGCAGCCAGCUGUUUCGGUGCAUCUUCCUUUAAAUGCUAAUGAGCUCUGCUCACCCCACCUCUCACUUCAGUGGGGCAAUAAGCCACUCUCAUGAGACUGUAAACUUUAGAUACAUUUAGCUGCAGAACUUGCUAACUAGCACAUUAUUAGGAAAGAUGAUUUGCAAAGAUUCAUUUUAAAAAAUAAAAUAAAACUUAUACUCACUUCUGUUGGUGAAGGUGGAUCACAAAUGAUUUGCGUGAACAUAGAUGCAUUUAGGUAAAUUGGGGGCACAUUCACUUCAAAAACAAAAUCAAGCCGUCUCCAGCAGCUCAAUUGUCAGGAGUAAAUAACAACUGCUGUGUAAUUAUUUACAUUCAAUUCAAUUAAAGUUUAUACCAAUCAUAGAAAAGCAGCUUUACA